GCGUCGCUGGACGCGCACCAUGCCUCUGCUGCUCCUCGUCCUCGCGGCGCUGCCGGCGUGCACCGGCGCCACCACCAGCGCCGGGCUGCCGCACCGCGUCUCCAAUGACUUCGACAUGGAUCCGUGUAAAGGCGAUGGGUUCUAUGGGGACAUCGCUGUGCCGCUCACGCAGUAUGAGAUGGAGUGGAAACAGCAAAAUAAUAUUACGGAGACGCCCGCAGAACCAGGAGGCAAAUCACACAAAAGGGUGACCCGGGCAGCGACGGCUCGCAAAGAGCGCGUCUGGGACUUGGGAGUCAUCCCGUACGAAAUCGACGGCAACUUCAGCGGAGGUCACAAGGCGCUCUUCAAACAAGCCAUGCGCCAUUGGGAGAACUUCACCUGCAUCAAGUUCGUGGAACGCGUGCCGCAGGAUCACCCCAACUAUAUUGUCUUCACAGAACGUCCUUGCGGAUGCUGCUCUUUCGUGGGGAAGCGUGGGAAUGGCCCACAAGCUAUCAGCAUCGGCAAGAACUGCGACAAGUUCGGCAUCGUUGUACACGAGCUGGGCCACGUAGUAGGCUUCUGGCACGAACACACCCGCCCAGACCGCGACCACCACGUGCAGAUCGUGCGCGAGAAUAUCAUGACAGGGCAAGAAUAUAAUUUCAAUAAGCUGACGGAAGAAGAAGUGAAUUCUCUUGGACUGCCAUAUGACUACGAUUCCAUUAUGCAUUAUGCGAGGAAUACAUUCUCUAGGGGUACAUAUUUGGACACCAUAUAUCCCAUAACACCCCUUGGUGAAUCAUAUCCAAAAAAACGACCAGAAAUUGGACAAAGAAUUCGUCUUAGCGCAGGAGAUAUCGCACAGACAAAUUUGCUUUACAAGUGUCCACGUUGUGGUAGAACUUAUCAAGAAAAUUCAGCUACAUUUUCAACUCCAGGUUUCCAUCCAACUGCAGCAGCUUCUGUAACACCAGAACAUUGUGAGUGGAGAAUAACAGCAACACAUGGUGAACGAAUCAUUCUUAACAUUACAAGUAUAGACAUGUAUCCCAAUGAAAAUUGCUGUUCUGAUUACAUAGAGAUAAGAGAUGGUUAUUGGCAAAAAUCACCUCUUAUAGGGAGAUACUGUCCAGACAAUCCACCCACAAAUGCAAUACUUUCAACAGGAAGCAGAAUGCUAAUAACUUAUGUAUCAUCAAACCCACAAGGCCGCCACAAAGGUUUUCAAGCUAAGUAUGAAGCUGUAUGCGGGGGACAAAUUGAAAUCAGGGGGACAGGUGGCCAUUUAGAAUCUCCUAACUAUCCAGAAGAUUAUCAACCUAAUAAAGAAUGUGUAUGGAGAAUUACUGCUCAACAAGAUUAUCAGGUGGCACUCAAGUUCCAGUCUUUUGAGGUAGAAAAUCAUGAUAGCUGUGUGUAUGACUAUGUUGAAAUCCAUGAUGGCCAUUCACUGGACAGUCCACUGCUGGGAAUUUUCUGUGGUUACAAGCUGCCACCAGACAUCAGAUCAACAGGAAAUAAGAUGCUUGUGAAAUUUGUCUCUGAUGGUUCUGUUCAAAAAGCAGGGUUUUCUGCAUUAUUUAUGAAAGAAUUAGAUGAAUGUGCACUACAGGACCAUGGCUGUGAACACAACUGUAUUAAUACACUGGGUAGCUAUGAAUGUGGCUGCAAAAUUGGUUAUGAACUUCACUCAGAUGGAAAACAUUGUGAAGAUGCUUGUGGAGGCUUGUUUGAGUCAUCAAAUGGCACAAUAUCUAGUCCAUCAUUCCCAGAAUUAUAUCCAAGUAACAAGAACUGCAUAUGGGAAAUUAUUGCCCCUCCACAAUACCGUAUUACUUUGAACUUCACACACUUUGAUCUUGAAGGGAACAAUCAAGAAUGUGAGUAUGAUAGUGUGCAAGUUUUUAGUCGAAUGGGAGAUGAUAUUCUACGGCGACAUGGCGUGUUUUGUGGUUCAAAACCUCCACCUCUUGUUACCUCAGAAGGUAAUAGCUUACGCAUAGAAUUCUCUUCAGAUAAUUCCAUACAGAAGAGUGGCUUCUCUGCAAUAUUUUUCACAGAUAUUGAUGAGUGUGCCACAAACAAUGGUGGAUGUCAACAUGAAUGCAGAAACACUAUUGGCUCAUACACCUGUUCUUGUCAUAAUGGAUUCACACUACAUGACAAUGGUCAUGACUGUAAAGAAGGUGGCUGUAAAUUUGAAAUUACUGUACCAUCAGGGACAAUUUCCAGUCCCAAUUAUCCAGACUACUAUCCUAGUAGAAAGGAAUGUGUCUGGCAUUUUACAACAACACCAGGUCAUCGUAUAAAAUUGACUUUUGUUGAAUUUGAGAUGGAACCACAUCAAGAAUGUGCAUAUGAUCAUGUAGUCCUGUACGAUGGUGAUUCUCCUGAUGCUCACACAUUAGGACGUUUCUGUGGCUCCAAAGCUCCUCACCCAUUGCUGGCAACAGGCAAUGAGAUGCUAAUGGUUUUCAAGUCAGAUGCUUCAGUUCAGCGUAGAGGUUUUCUUGCAAGGCACACUACAGCUUGUGGAGGACACCUCAGAGCUACAAAGAAGGUUAAACAUCUCUAUUCUCAUGCGAAAUAUGGAGAUCAUAGUUACGAAAAUGGAGCGGACUGUGACUGGGCGAUAGAAGCACAACCUGGAUUAAUCAUUCACCUAACUUUCCUCACAUUUGAACUGGAAGAUGAGCAAGACUGUGGCUAUGACUCCGUAGAAGUAUUCUCUGGAUUAGAUUCCAGUGGUCCAUCCUACGGCCGGUUUUGUGGUAAUUCGAACCCAACUGAUAUAGUUUCCAUGACGGAAAGUUUAUUAGUCAGAUUUCGAUCAGAUGAUAGCAUAGUAAGUAAAGGAUUCUCUGCUUCCUAUUCAGCUAUUGAAAAUAAUGACUCAGGUGGCCAUACCUUAUAAACUUUGAAUGCUGCACAACAGAAGUUGAUGUUGGCGCUGAAUUCUUAUACAUUUCAUGAAGCAAAGUGAUCAGAAGAAUUUUACUUCUUUCCAGAGAGUAUUGGUACCAAUGUGAGAAACCUUAUGGCAGUUAUAGUUGAUAUUAAUACAGAGUGAUUCUCAUUGACAAACGAUUUCAGUAUGGGAGGAAAACAUGUAUUUUGAUGAGAAGAUUUCUAGGGAUUGUUCAAGACUCAAAUAAAAGAACAUAUUAAAUAACUAAGAAUAGUUAACCAGUGUUAUCAAAAUGUGAAACUUUUGUUGAUAAUAAUUAGAAGGGCUUCCAUAAUGUCCUCCUCCUUGUCCAGCCAGUCACAGUAAGAAGCCUAAAUAUGGAGGUGGAUCAAUAUGAACUCAGUAAUUUUUUUUUUCUGGCCAUGUCAGAACAUGAAUCACGUGUUUAUCAAAACUUUUAUAUUGUGAUGGAAUGUCAAUGGUAUUCAGCUUCAGACUUACAACAUUUAAUACAUAGAACAUAUCCAUGCCAUCACUCCUCGCAGUAUUUGAUAUUUUUUCUGUGCCAUAUUAUUUUAUAUGUUGAUUAUAUACUUUUAGAAUCGUUAACAUUUACUUUCAGAGGUCAUGCUAUAGCCUACAACUAUGUUAGUUUCUCUGUAGUUAUAUUCGUUAAUCAGUGCUCCUUUCUGUUACUAAUAACAUGAAUUCAACUAUUCUCAAGGCAUUGUAUACUGAUUUAUUCCAUUUACUUGUCAACUGCAGAUUUUAUUGUCAUAAAAUGUGAUGCUGUUAUUCAAGAAAUGAAGUUCCAUGCUACAAAACAAAUUUAUGUAAUAACUUAAAAACUGAAGAACUGCCAGCUAAAGUAAAAUAUUUCGAUUUCUUUUAUCAUGAAGCAAAGUCUUAGUCACUGAGUUAGCAAGAAUUAUUUUACACCCCUAGAUGGACAUGUGUGGCCAAUUUCGUAAUAUUGACAGAUGCAGUGUUCACAAAUUGAUGUAAAUAUAUUUAUGCCAUGGAAAUAUUCCAUAUCAUCAUUAACAGUCUCAUUAAAAAUUGUCUUUAGUUAGCUUUUCGAUAAUGCUAUUUCAUAGAGUAAUAUGUUAUUUAUUUCUUUUUUAAUAAUUUUAUUAAUUACUAAGGUAAUAAGUAUUAAAAUAAUCUUUUUGUAUUAUGUUUUUCAUUUUCUGUGGAUUACAAAACAGGUGUGACUGGACAGCAGAUAUAUGAACAAUUGUGACAAAAUAUGGUGUCUUCUCUUACCUUGUUUAUCUUUGAGCUGAUGUGGCAUUAUUUCAUCAUUAAAUGAUGAUAAAAAGGUGAAGUUUCAAAGAAUCGGUUUUAAUUGAUAGGCAGGUUAUAAACUCUGUGGAAUUACUUAAUAUUUGCGCUCUAAAUACACAACAUAAUCUGCUGACCAUCUCACAGAAUAAAUAUAAGAACACACAUUUCUUUCUCUGUCAGAAUAUUUCCUGUUUGACUAAUUUCAUUUAUCCUUUGUCCAAAAUAGACUAUUAAAAUUUUCUAACAAAUCUACUGAUUAUCCAGAAGUUGAAAUAAAAUUACUUGAAACCAAAAUAACUGUUAUUCAUUUCAAACCAACCGUUUAGUAACUGAACUGAAUGCCACAGCAGGAAUAAAUAUUGUAUGUGACUCUGUGUUAACUAUAUACUAUACUGUAUAGUUAUUUCAGUAUCACAUCUAGUCAUACAGCAAAAACUACUGAACUGUAUUUGUCAUACAAGUUUAGGAGAAAGGGUUACACUGUUACUAUAAUUAUUUAUGUAUCAGCAGUGUGAUGAAUAUAUUUGCUGCUGAUCUAGUUGCUGCAGAUGGUAAUGAAGGAGCUGUUGCAUUAGAAGAACACAGUUUUAAGAAAAAGUUUUUUAAUUUUUGUAGUUACAGAUAUCUCUACAUAUGUUGAAAAGUGUUACUUUCUUAAUUAAAUAAUGUUUUAAUCAUAA